AAGGCCAUACAUUGAGACUCAAUUUUGAAGUUACUUAUUUUUUUUGUUAUUACCUAAUUCGUACUCUUUCACACCCAUAGGUGCGAAAAUGGACUGACCCAGGUGAUAUUGUCAACUUCCUGUAAUAAUCAAAAUGGGGAAGGAUGUUUUGACUGUGUGUGGUUUUGUGCUGUCUGCUGCGUCAUGUCUGUUCACAAUCAUUUCAUUUGCCACAUCUCACUGGCUAGAGAGCUUUAAAGACGCCCGGACAGGGUUCGACAACCUAGGGCUAUGGGAAGCUUGCUUUAACAUGUACAGUUAUGACAGGGACUCUCUUGGGAAAACCUACGAUGGAUGUGAAUGGAUCUUCAGUUAUGAAUACAGACCCAUCUUCGAUUGGCUUAACCCUGCUUGGUUUGUGGCGGUGCAGGUGAUGAUGACUUUGAGUAUGGUCUUGACACUAGUCACAUCCAUCCUCUGUCUGCUCGGCAUUCUCAACUUCUGUCCCCCACAACGCAGACCCAUGGUACAGCUGAUCAACUCAAUACUUAUGUUUGCAUCAGGCAUCAUGCUGGGCCUAUCUGUGACUGUAUUUGGAAUCAGCUCUGAUGGUGACCGCGAUUGGCUCCCGCGCCCAGAUCAGAACUACCUUUCGUGGUCAUUUGGAGUUGCAGUUGUAGCCGGAUUCUUUGCCAUAUUUGCUGGCAUGUGUCUUGUUAUUGACAGCAUGCGACUAGGCCAGAUAAGAAGGAGACAGAAUGCUCCACCACCAUAUGCUGGUUACAAAAUGCGGACUGGAUAUCCGGAUUAUUAAAUUAUAACUAGCUUCAAACUCCACAGUCCACAUGUUUAUACAUGUAAAUAGUAUAAAUAUUGCAUUUCCCAUCAUACAAAUUAAAGUAUGAAAUUAUAUUAUUUUAUUGCCAGUUUUGAACUGAUUUACAAAAUUUUACAUACAAGUUAAGGACAAUGGACAAAUUGGUUAAUAUUAUUUAAGUGUUAAAAAAUUACUAGUGCUUGCUUUCUAAAUCUGUAUUCUGAACUUUCUUGUCUUACAAGCGUCAAAAAUCUAUGAUCCAAGAUUAUUUGUGUUUUCUAUUAAUUUAUAACUUGCAGUUUCUCAGCACAUGUAUGAUAGGAAUAAUUCAAAAUAAAUCAGCAUUCUAUUUCAAAUAAAAUCCUGUUGAAUCCUCUGCGAUACACAUUUGUUAUUUGCAAUAUUAUAAGAAUGAAAAUACUUUCCUUUACUGUAUAUAUUUUUGUACAUAUCAUCUUUUUAUGUUAUUUUAUAUUUGUUAAUGACUUGUUGUGAAUUAUUGUCUGAAUUUUAGAAACUGUCUUUCAAAGAGAGGUCUAAAUAUUUAUAAUAUUUUAAUGUAUUUAUAAAAUGAACUUCCAAAUUACUGACGCAUAACUUUCAAGUUAAUCAGUCUGAGAAAUGAAGAUUUGUGUUGCUCGGCAUGCUAUGCAGGGGGAGACAAUAAUUUUAACACUGAUGUCCGCCUGUCAUACUUCAGUGUCUGCUGCGCAUGUGCGUCAGUCCUGUCGGUCUCACUCUUGUUAACAAUGUUUAUAUCCUAAACCCCUUGAACAAUUUUCAUUAAACUUUAUAUUCACCUCAUCCAUAUUCCUUUCCAUAUAUCCCUAUGUCAAGUUCUGUGGAGCAGAAUAAGACAACCAUGGAGGGAGACAUCUGCAAUUCUAUUUAUAAGAUUUUUUUUAAAUGAUCUACUACAUUGAGCCUGAAACUUAUUGGCUUAAAAACGAUAACCUCCUGGUUGAAAUGAAUUUCAAUCACUGAAGAAUACAUGGAUGUCUGCAGUUUGACUCAGUUUAUAUUUGAGAGCUAGAAUCUGAAAUUUCAUAGCAUAAUAAAUAUAAGCAAAGAUUAUAUUUAGAUAAUUAACUUUGUUAAGACAGAAUUUUUGAAUUUUCGAUAUUUUCUGAAUACUGUCGUCUGUUAGACCAUUAAAACAGAUUUCUUAGUUUUAUACAUGUACAUUCACAUGACUGCAGAUUUUAAUAACUUUCACUAUUUAACCACAUCAUUUCAAUACAAUUUUUAUCUGAUAUGUUCCAAGUCUCUUUGCAACACGUAAAAAUAUGUUUUUUUUACAACAUUCUGGAAAUGAAAUACGAUUUUGCAAUAAAAAUCCACAAAUAUCCUUUAUAUAUAUUGCCUGUAAUUUGCUUUUGUUAUACCGGUAGUUUCUGAUCAUUUUAACAGUUAUUACUGUCAGAGCAAGAUCCUUAAUUAUGUUUUUGCUAUGUAAAAUACAUUGAACAACCCUUUUUCACAUUCUAUUAUUUUCAUCUAUAUAUAUACAUUCCAUACAUCAAUGAUUUUUAUACUUGUGAAUGAUGUAAAACAAAAUAAAUGCAUAGCAUUCCUGAUA